AUGCUGUUUGUUGAGACGUCACUGAGGCGGCCGAGGGACAAGGACAAGAGGGACAAGGACGGAAGCUUGGAGGUCACGGGCCAGCUGGGGGAGGUGAUGAAGGAGAGUGCCCGCAUCGCCUACACCUUUGCCAGGGCCCUCCUGAUGCAGCACGACCCCUCCAACGAGUACCUGGUGACCUCCCACCUCCACCUGCACGUGCCCGAGGGCGCCACCCCCAAGGACGGCCCCAGCGCCGGCUGCACCAUCGUCACAGCCCUGCUCUCGCUGGCCAUGGACCGGCCAGUACGGCAGAAUCUGGCCAUGACGGGCGAGGUCUCCCUCAGAGGCAAGAUCCUGCCGUGGGCGGCAUCAAGAAGAAGACCAUCGCCGUGA